GUGACGACAGUUGUUUCAGAAUCUGCUUUUAGCACAUGUGGGAGAUUGUUGAGUCCGCAUCGUAGUCGACUUGACGCUAAUGCUAUCGAGGCGUUGAUGUGUUCUCAAAAUUGGUUACUAAAUGAGGUCAAAGGUGUGUCCAAAGUUACUCAUGAUUUGAGUCAUGCAACUAUAGACGAUGAGAACGCGGAAGAUGCAGAUUUUGAUGAAGAUGGGGAGGAGCAUGACAAUUGAAGCGGUGCCAAGAG